UGAGAUGACCAACAGCCCAUGAGAUGACCAACAAUCGGAGCAGGAGGCUCCUCCUGGCUGGCCAGGUCAUGCUGGCCACCCUCACCCUCCUCCUGGGGCUGCCCUUCGCCCUCACCGCCGAGCCCCCCAGCUGCACCCUGCCUGUCCCAGUCACCUUCAGCAAUGCCACCAUCCCCAGGAUCCUGGGACACUGGAACUUCAUCGCCAGUGUCUCCCGGCACCCACGUUACCUUGAGAAGAUUAAGAUAAUGAAACAUUCAUCUUUCUCCUACUUUCCUGGCAGCCACGAGGAGGAGCUUGAUGCCACCACUAUUGCUAGAGUGAACGAGACGUGUGUGGUAAAGAAUACCAGUGGGAUCCAGCUCUUUCUGCACAACUCCACCCUGUUGCAUGUUGAUAACGAAUCAGUUUCCAUGGCUGAGGUGAUGCAAAGCAACAAGGACCUGCUAAUCCUGAAGCACUUUCAUGAUGACUUCGUGGGUCUGAGCCUCUCAGCACGAACACUCAACGUGAGCAAGGAGCACCUGGAGGAGUUCAAAGCCUACGUGCAUUGCCUGGGCUUCGCUGAGGAGGAGAUAUUCUUCACAUCUGAAGAGGAUGCCUGUCCCCUGCCCUGGGAGAAGACAGAAGAAGGCGACAAGGAGCCAAAGCCGGAGUGACCCCUGGGGGGCUGGGUCUGCUGCUCCAUCUUCACCCUCCAGCCCUCAGCAGCUCCAUCCUCAUCCUCCAUCAGCCCCUACACAGGAACAUCCCCAUCUGCCAGCCCCAGCCUUACCACUUUCCAUCAAGCUUUUGUUUAUAUCUGCUGGGUGAAACACCCAGUUUCCCUGUUCUCCCCUGGAUCCAAAAUAAAUCCCCUCACACCUUU